AUGAAAUCACUUUAUAAAUUUGGCUAUGUUUUAAAGAAUAAGACAUGUAAAACAUUAUUUAGUAAAGCUCAUCAAGGAUUUAUUGUUAAAUUUCAUUCUGGUGUUAAGCAUGGAGUUCCUUUAAUUCCAGUAGUUAUAGAGCAAACUGGGAGAGGCGAAAGAGCUUAUGAUAUAUAUUCAAGGCUCCUUAAAGAAAGGAUAAUUUGUGUUAUGGGUCAAAUACAUGAUGAACUUUCCAGUGUAGUUAUAGCACAAUUACUGUUUUUACAAUCAGAAAAUAGUAAAAAGCCUGUACAUAUGUAUAUUAACAGUCCCGGUGGUAGUGUUACUGCUGGUUUAGGAAUUUAUGAUACAAUGCAAUACAUUUUACCACCUGUAGCAACAUGGUGUGUUGGACAAGCAUGUAGUAUGGCCAGUCUUUUACUUGCUGCAGGAGCAUCUGGAAUGAGACAUGCUCUUCCCAAUGCUAGAAUAAUGAUUCAUCAACCUUCAGGAGGAGUGCAGGGUCAGGCAACGGAUAUUCAAAUUCAAGCUGAAGAAAUACUAAAAUUAAAAAAACAAAUAAAUCAUCUUUAUGUUAAACAUACUGGCCUAUCCAUUGAAAAAAUUGAGCAAAGUAUGGAAAGAGAUAAAUUUAUGAAUCCGUCAGAUGCAAAAGAAUUUGGAAUUAUUGAUAAAAUUUUAAAUCAUCCACCCAAAUUGGGAGAAAAAGCAGAGGAUGAAUCUAAAUCUAGAGUAGAAAUAUCUCAACCUAUGUAA